AUGGCCGGCGAGACGAGUGCUGAUGCGCUGCCUCCGCCGCCUAUGUAUGAUCUCGUAGUGGAUGGGUAUACAAUUGCUAUCCCGCCCCCUCGGUCUGUAUUACCAUUACCAGGGUUCUUGCGACCCAAGUCCAGCGAGUCCGAGCACGGGACAAUUAUUCGCGAUGUUUCGCUCCGAAUUGGUGGGUCGGGUAGUGGAAAGACAACACUGCUACAUGCGUUGGUUGGUAGAUUGGCAAACCUGCCUGUCACUGCGGGACAAGUCAAGUACGAGCCUGCUGGUAUUUCACUCAGCGCGAAAGAAUCGGUCGCUCUGUCGGCACGAAAGAUGAAAGACCGCAUUGGGUUUGUGAGACAACAUGACUAUUUGCUUGAACACCUCACGGUUCGUGAAACCCUCGAUUAUGCAGCAGCACUCCGUCUUCCCUCCAGUAUCUCUUCAUCAACCCGUCGCUUAAUCGUCGACCAAACCAUUCGCGAACUCGGAUUAGGAGAUGCAGCUGAUACCGUCGGCAUAUCCGGGGGCGAGCGCCGCAGACUCACAAUCGCCCUCUCGCUCAUAUCUCUCCCCUCCAUUCUGGCGCUUGACGAACCCACGACGGGGUUAGACGCAUUCACCGCAUAUGCCCUCCUCCAAACUUUAUCUUCCCUCGCCCGAAAAGGAAGGACGGUGAUCAUGAGUGUCCACCAGCCCCGCUCGGACGCAUGGGAGCUCUUUGAUCGAAUCGUGGUGCUCAGCAAGGGUGACGUCGUAUUCGCCGGCAGACGGGACAAAUGUCUGGGCUGGUUUGAAGAUAUGGGAAUGGGGAGUCCCGGAGAUCGGACGGAGGGAUGUGAGGAUGUGGCCGAAAAGGGUAGUAUUAACGUAGAAGCGGACGGCGGAACGGGCGUAAAUCCGUUGGACUGGUUGAUCGAUAUCUGUAGUGUCGAUCCUCGAGACCAAGGUUCUAUACAGCGUGUCACCAGGCUCAUCCAAGGAUGGAAAGAUGGAGGCAAGGUUAUAGCCGAUGAACAUAGCCCCUCUCGCCAAUCUGGUAUUCUAUCCGAUGUGAUUCAACGAGUACCGUCUGUUCAACCGCAAGAGCAAGAUGUGCUAUACGCCAAUGUGCAACAAAAUGAGGAUCAACCAGGUUCUCGGCCUCAAGCGCUUGAACGGCCCGGGUGGAUUAGGCAAACUGUUGUACUCACCAGUCGAGCAACAAAAGGCGUCUUUCGUGAUUAUGCUCAACUCCUAGGAUUUGCCUGUCAAAGUAUUGGAAUUGCCGUUUUAUUGGGCAUCACGUUCUUGCGUUUGGGAGAGAGUCCUUCCGAUAUCCAAUCCCUGAAGACUCUCAGUUACCAGCACGCCCCUUGUUACUUUUACCUGACGCUUAUAUACGCGAUAUACAAAUUUUGCGAGACGGACCUGGUCAUAUUUGAUAGGGAGCGCGAGGAUCAUCUUUACCAAGUCGUCCCAUGGCUUAUUUCGGAGUAUACAUCUACUUUGCCGCUGCAUACUAUUUCGUCCGGGCUAUUCGCCAUAAUUCUAUAUUUCCUAACAAACAUGAGGACCGAGGACCUUGCGGCCAAUUUGUUUAUUUUUAUUGCCGAGUGCGUACUUGUCCAGCUGGGAACCGUUGGAUUCGCAUUGUUGGCUGCGAGUUUGCAGAGGACAUAUGCGCAAGCAAGUCUCAUGGCGAAUGGGCUAUCGAUUUUCUUCUUGCUGACUGCAGGUUAUCUGUUGAUUCACCCACCAGUGUAUGUGGAUUGGGUCAAAUGGAUUUCGGUCUAUUAUUAUGGAUUCCGCGCCGUGGCGAUCAGCCAAUUCAAGAAUCGAACGUUCGCGUGCCCAGGAGUGGAGGGCGCAGCACGUAAUCAGUGUGAUGGCAAUCAAGUUUUGACAGGAUUGAGAAUCCCUGUUGACCAUGUCGUUGGUUAUUACUUUGCUGGGCUAGUAGGCUUGGCUGUUGCAUUCCCUUUUAUUGCCGGAAUUGUCUUAAGCGUAUACAAACCCGGUGGCACACGCUACGCUCGGAAAAUAGACCCAUCAGACGCUGGAAAAGGCCCCGCCGUACAUAGUGAUAUGGAUAUUUCUCGCCAGCGGAUCGAUGUGGAAGUCCGAAACCUAGGAUUGAAGUGGAUAAAGACUGGCCUUGUGACACGCAAAAAGACUGAGAAGCGAAUCCUAAACGAUGUACAUGCCGUGUUUCCGAGUGGACAGGUCACUGCUAUCCUGGGCCCUUCGGGGGCGGGGAAGAGCACGCUAUUGCAACUGCUGGCUUCGCGAAGGAUGAACGCAGGCGUGGGAUCAAGGUUCGAAUCUCAGGGAGAGAUCUUAUUCAAUGGUCGACCAGUCAAUAAAAAUACGAGAGAUCAAGUCGCGUUUGUUGAACAGGAAGAUGAUUAUCACCUACCCGCUCUGACGGCAAGUUUCUUUUCGAUUGUGUUGCACGUCAGGGAAACACUUCGUUAUGCAGCUAUCCUUCGGCUGCCAAAAGGCAUGUCUCGAAAAUCGAAAAUCGCAAGAGCGGAGGAAGUUAUGAAGAUGCUAGGGUUGGACUUGUGUGCAGAUAAUCUAGUGGGUGGCGAGCUCUUGAAGGGAAUAUCUGGAGGAGAAAAGAGGCGCUUGAGUUUGGCAGUUCAGAUGAUCAAUGAUCCUGCAAUAUUGAUUGUUGACGAGCCGACUAGUGGGCUCGACGCUCUGACAGCCAAUAAUGUUAUGAUCGCGUUGAACGAUAUCGCACGAAGCGGGCGUACCAUCAUCCUAUCUAUUCAUCAGCCUCGUUCUGACAUUUACGUGGAUAAACUCGACAACAUCAUUUUAUUAGUUAAAGGAGGUGAAGUUGCUUAUGCCGGGCCACGUUCCGAGGUUGGCCCCACUCUUACCUCUGCCGGACAUCCUAUUCCUCCGUUAUACAACCCAGCAGACUGGUUGUUGGAUCUUGCUUCGGUCGACUUGCGGAGGGAUCGGGAGGAAGCCACUCGCGAAAGGGUCGCAAAGCUUGUUAAACGCUGGGCAAAUACUCAUCGAGAAAUGAAGGAAUUAGAUUUGAAAGAUAGAGAAGAGGAUCUCGUGCAGGUUGGGGGUCCGGAGGAGAGGUUCACACCUAUGUGGAUCGCAUUGCCGUUGAUUGUCGAUCGUAUGACGAAGAAUUUGCAAGUCAACUCGUCGCCUCAUUCCAUUCAUAAAACUAAUGUAAUGCAGGUGGAGACAGCAAGCAGGCUACAGCAACUCCCGUUCCUCGGAGUAUUAUUCCUACUCUUUUAUCAGCGACUUAAGCAUGGUCCAUCUGGGGGGCAAGAUCGUAUUGGUUACUUUCAAGAAAUGGUAUCUCCGGUCGCAUUCGUUGGCCUUCUGAAUUGCAUUGCUAUUUUCCCCAAAGACCGUGAUUUAUACUUCCAUGAAUAUCGUUCGAGUGCUGCAUAUUCAGAAGCUACGUUUGUACUUGGAUUCACACUGGUGGCUCUUCCUAUGGAGAUUUUGGCCUCACUGUUGUUUACGGUUAUAACGAAUAUUGGUGCUGGGAUGCAGACAAGCCCACGCAUAUUUUUUGAGUACGCCUUUUCGAUUUUUGCGCUGCAGUCCAAUGGGGAGAGUUUUGGCAUGAUUUUUGCCUGCAUAACGAAUUCUCUGGGGUUAAGUGUAUCGUUGGUUUCGACUUUUAUCACAGUACUGGUGCAAUUAUCUGGAAUUAUAUCUGUUUCAAUUCCGACCUGGUUAUCCGAUAUUGCUUACGCCACUACGAUGAAGUACGCUGCACGAGUAAUUGCAGUCAAUGAAUCGGUCGGACUGAAACUUCACUGCUCCCCCGAGACGGUCCAGUCCGGUGAAUGCCUAGUUCAGAGCGGACAAGAGUUAUUGGAUCUCCUCGGCUUUUCGAACAACCUCAAAACUGGUCGAUAUCUGGGGAUCCUAGUUGCCUUGGCACUGGCAUACCGCGUGCUUGCUUGGUUCUUUGUUGUGCUCAAAAUCCGGCGGGGGUAA